CGACUACCAAUUAAGCACUUACCUUCUUUGGCUAGUCGUCCCACCCAAUUUUACCUCUCCUACUACCUUUCCCACCUUAUAUAUAUCUAAUCUCUUCCCCCCAACAUCUCCUCAUCUCUCCUUGAAAUUGACAACCACAAAUAAAAGAAGCUAAGCCAUCCUCUCAAACACGUACACCACAAUACAAUAAGCUAAAAAAGAAGCAACAUGCCCCCUCUCAACCCCUAUGAUCUCUUCAUCUUCUUCUCACUUGUUCUAUUUUUUUCCUCUUUCAUUUACUCUCUCCUCCACAAAUUCACACACCCCAAAUCCCUCCUAAAACCUUCCUUAUUCUCAACAAAAGCAUUUUCUAACACAUCACAUGGCCCUCCUUCAUACCCUUUUAUUGGUUGCCUUAUUUCCUUCUAUAAAAACAGGAAGAGGCUAUUAGAUUGGUACACCGACUUGUUGUCCGAGUCGCCAACUCAGACGAUCAUCGUGAGUCGACUCGGAGCGCGUAAAGUCAUUGUAACAGCUAAUCCAGACAAUGUUGAGUACAUUCUCAAGACCAACUUCCAUAACUUCCCAAAGGGUAAGCCCUUAGCUGAGAUCCUAGGUGAUCUUCUUGGUAAAGGCAUUUUUAAUGUGGAUGGAGAGUUAUGGGCAACUCAAAGAAAGUUGGCGAGUCACGAGUUUACUACCAAAACUUUGAGAGAAUUUGUGGUCAAGACUUUAGAGGAAGAAGUUGAGAGUCGACUCAUUCCUUUACUUCAACUUGCUGCUCAACAAAAUAAGAUCAUUGACUUGCAGGAAGUACUAAAAAGAUUCACCUACGAUACAAUCUGCAAAGUCUCCUUAGGCAUAGACCCCAAUUGUCUAGACCUCUCUAUUCCCAUCCCACCACUUAUUGCCGCAUUCGAGAACGCUGCCGCAAUCUCCGCCAAACGAGCCACCAGCCCAAUCUACGCCAUUUGGAAGCUAAAGCGAGCCCUUAACAUUGGCUCUGAGCACCAACUCAAACAAUCGAUCAACAUACUUCAUGGUCUUGUCAAAACCAUCAUUUCUACUAAGCAAAACUCUAUUGCCAAUUCAAAUGAAACUGAAAAUCAGGACCUCCUCUCUCGCUUCCUUUCUGCUGGCUACGACGGUGAGCUAGCAAGGGACAUGGUGAUCAGCUUUAUUAUGGCAGGCCGCGACACUACUGCAGCUGCAAUGACGUGGCUUUUUUGGCUUUUAUUAUCAGGGUUAGCAGACCCCGCCACUCGAGAUAAUAUCAUGUCUGAGUUGGCUAGUGGGUCCGACCCUGACUCAGGGUCGGACUCACUAAGUUAUGAGCUAGUCAAGAAUAUGAAAUAUAUGCAUGCUUGCCUAUGUGAGGCCAUGAGGUUGUAUCCUCCUGUUGCGUGGGACUCAAAGCAUGCUUUAAAGGAUGAUAUUUUACCAGAUGGGACUAAACUUAAGAAAGGGGACCGUGUUACAUACUUUCCUUAUGGAAUGGGAAGAAUGGAGGUUAUUUGGGGUGAAGACAGAUUAAAGUUUAAUCCAGAUCGUUGGUUUGAAAGUCAAGUUGAUAAACAAUCUAAUAACUAUAAUACAAGAAAACUGAAGAUGGUAAAUCCCUAUGAAUACCCAAUUUUCCAAGCUGGUCCUAGGGUAUGCCUUGGGAAAGAAAUGGCAUUCCUUCAGAUGAAGUAUGUAAUGGCUUCUAUCAUGAACCGCUUUGAUUUUGAGCUUCUAAGUAAUGAACCACCCGUAUUUGUGCCUCUUUUAACGGCUCAUAUGGGUGGUGGUUUGAGAGUAAGAGUGAAGGAAAUCAUAAAUUCAUAAUUUAGUAAUCUAUCAAGUCCGAAAACCUUUAAAGAAUUGAGACUCUCUCGAUUCUGAAUCGUUUUCGUUUUCAAAACCUCGGCCAUUUUUGUACUAAUGAAACUAAAAAAGUGAAUAUGAUAUGUAGUUUCCUUUUUUUCGGAGACACAACCAUGUCCGUGCUAUAUACAUGGAAACUUGCAAGAAAAAGAAAUGAUGUAGAGAAAGAGUUCACAUCAAGUAAAUAAAAAUAUGUUAGUCACUUGGGGGGGGAGGACAAGUGUAUUAUGUAUUUUUGUAUGUGGUUCUUUAUGGGUUGUCUUGUAGAGUGCGGAGAAGCACUGUUCAAGGAUGCUUAGCCUUGCAUAACGAUAAUUCAGCUGCUUCUUUUUCCAGGACAACUUUGUAUGUAAUCAAUUAAAAAAUUCCCCCAUGUUCAGUUAUAAAUUCAUUGAGAUUAUGUAGCCUUAGCAGGAGAGGAAAGGUCAAGGAUUUACCCUGUGUGAAAUUGGGUAAAUCUCAUUGGAAUAAUCUUUUCUUUGGGGCUAAGAAGUCUUACAUGGGGUUUCUUUUCUUGCCUUUAUAAUUUUGUUUGUAUUUGGUUUGUACUUUGACAAUAUAGUAAUACUUUCUUUAUUUCUAAAUAAAUGUUACAUUCACUAAUUCACAUCUUUCAA